AUGCCCACGGCAGACGACGCGUUGACGCUGAGUCUUACCCACCAAUUGGAGCAGUUGUUGUUGAGGGACGAUGACCUUUACCAACUGAAUUUGGACUCGGAGGAGUACCUUGAAGAUUUGGCGCCCAUCUUACGGGAACUGAUCAAAAACAACGCCUUGGGUGGGUUGAUUCAGAAAUUGAACGAGAUCGUCCGAUCAAAAGAAACCGAGUUGAAUGCUCAGCUGUUGGAGUCUACCGAUGAAAUCAAUUCAUGCAUCGAUACCAUCGACGCCAUCCACGACCGACUGGUAAAACUUGGACAGAACUUGGGCAACGUGAGUCAAAACUUGAACAAAUCCGUCCACGACCUCGUCGCCCGCAAAAACAACUUGAUUAAAUGCAAGCAGAUCACUGCCAAAAUCAACGAAACGCUGCUUGUGCUUACGUUGUGCAUACAAGUCUUGGAAAACACUAAUAAAAUCCAUGAGAUGAUCAAGCAAAACAAAUACUUCUCGGCAAUGAAGUUGAUCGAUGAGUUGACAAAUAUCCAUUUGCCUCAAGUGGAGAAAUUCUCGUUCGCUCUCAAAAUCUAUGAUUCCAUUCCUCACCUUACCAAAAUGAUUAAAGACGAGUCAUUCGAUAAUAUCGUUAAUUGGUUGCUGCUUAACUUGGAAAGAAAGAUUCCUGUGAUCGGUGAAGCGAUCUACGAAAACCUCGAAGAGUUGCAAAGAAACUGGGAUCAAGUCAAAGAGCUGAACCCGGCGUUUCUUCCUUACAAAUUGAACUCCCCCAUUGAGGUGCUGAUACGAGAUCCAUCACUUAACUUUGACAUCUUCACCGAUGAGCAAUUACAAAUUUCCUUGGCCACUUUGUACGAUGGCAUCCUCGUCUACCAGACCCUCAAUGAAAGCGAGUUACUUCUGGCUUUGUACCAGAAGGAGUGGAUGAAGAAAUACAAUCGUGUCAUUCACCCCAUCACCUCCGCCACAGCCGAACUGUUAGCGGAGUUCCCCGAUCUUAUGGCCUUGGAUGAAUAUUUGGUCAAGAUCGCUGCAUUCUUUGUCAUGGACAAACAAAUCAAUAUUGCAACGAGAUUUGCGUUGCGAUCAGCUGCAAACUCCAAUGAUUUGUGGAAUUCCUACGUGACCAAGCUUAAACCCGUGUUGUUGCACCAUUUAAACAACCAUGUAUUUGACACUAUCGAUGACUUGUCGCGGUUUAAAGAUGCGGUGGGUGACUUUUUGCACGUAAUGGAACUUCACGGAUUCAAGGUGACUGAACUCUAUGAAGUGUUGAUGAUUGUGUUUCAUGAACACUUUGCGCCUGCGGUUAUUCAAGAGUUCCGCGCCGAUUUCAUUUCCAGUAUUCAGUCCGAUCGUUACAUGCCCAUUCUGGUUGAUGAAGAAGAUGAUUACGAUAAGAUUAUGAAAAUUUGCUGGUACCAAGACGAUGCUUCAUUUGCUCCGCAAAACGUUAAAGCAUUCCCAGUGGUUUUACCGUUCUCCGAGGAUUAUCUUCGAUACUGCGCCGGUAUUCGUGGUCUUCUUGAAGAUGUACUCAGUUUUCUCAACCAGCACUAUUCCUAUGAACUUAAUGAAAUCAAGAAUAUCGUUUUGAAUGAUAUUUUCGAAAGGGUAUUAGGGGAUGUCAAGGGAGUGGGUAUUGCCUGGGAUAUCAAGGAUUUCAUCUCCAAGAAUGCUUCUAACAAAGAAGUGGUGGCUCAAUCUUACACUAAUCUUGAGUACUAUUUGUAUUCGUUGUACGAGCUUGGUCGAUUGAUUGAUCGCAAGCUUCGAGCAAACAUUGGGAUUGGUUUGCACAACAUUGAUGCCAGUGACACGUUCACGUUGCGGGCAGUAGAAGAGUUUUCGCUGGUUCGUAAAUUCUCUGAAUCCACCAUUUUCACAAUGGUUGAUGACAAGAUCCGCGCGUUGCUCGAUACGGUUGAAUACGACAACUGGCUACCCCAAGAAAAGAACGAAGAGGCAAACUUUUUCAUCAAGGAUUUCGCCAUGUUUUUGGACAACUUGUUCUCAUCGAUUUUUUCAAACUUGCCUGUCUCCAUCAGAACGUUGGGGUUAUUUAGAACCUACGACUUUGUCGCUGAACACUUUUUGGAGGUGUUGAAAGGAGCCGAGGUUUACAAUCGCAUUGCCAUUGAGAAUUUUAAUCUUGAUGUACAGUACAUUGAGAAGCACAUGACGGCUCUUUAUGCUGCCCAUCAGGAGGUUGCUGAGGAUUCGACCACCAACGUGGCACUCGAGUCUACGUUUACUGAGCUCCGGCAGUGUAUUGAUUUGUUACUCCUCGAAGACUACUCGGAAUUCUCAUCCAAUCCUUCGUUCAGAAUGCGCCACUUCGACCGGGUUCGCUUCGAAGAUGGUCAAAGCUUAAUUGCCAAAAUGCAGAGGGACGAUGAACCGGAGGAAUACGUCACUGAACUGAGUGCCAGUAGCAUCAAUGCGCUCGACCAUUCUAGAGCGAAGAUCAAGAAGUUUGGUAAUCGUCUCAAGAUGAAGCUUGAUAACGAAUAG